AUGAUUGCCUUGGUCGCCGCCCUCAACGGCUUGGGAAAGUGGCGACGGGACCCGUGUGAUUAUAAUAGGGCGACGCGACGCGCGUCGGCCCCCCUUCUGUUUACUCGGCGAGUGGGUCUGCUCCCACUGGAGUGGCACCAAUCAUCUCUCAACACUACCGUCAUCUCACAAUCAACCGAUCUACUCGCCAAAAGCAGGAUGGACUCGGACUCAGAUAUUGAGAUUAUACCCUCCAAAGCACCCGCUUCCCAGGGAACGACCCAGACCAAGCAAACGCAACCGAAACCGAAACCGACGGUCGUACGAGACAGGCCACCAUCACUGAGCCCGCUGCCGCUCCCAAAGGUUUUAAAACGACCGGCGGAGAAAAGCAUCGAUGUCAGCCCACAUGCCGAACCAGAGAAAGACUGCGAAAGAAGUAACAAACGGAGCCACCAAUCAUCAUCAGCGUCCAUUGCACACAGCCUUCGACCAUCAUCUCCCGAGCUUCCCGAACCUUCGCGCCAUUCCUUCUCUUCAGAACUUCCAGCACCUCUGCAGCUUUCCCCAAUCAACAGCCCUCAAGCUCAAGAAGAUAGACAAGAUCAAACAAGGACAUUUGAUCCAGUAUCUUCACCAAUCAGUAGAAAAUCACAAUCUCAAGGAGUCAUCGAGCUUGGUUCUAGUCCACUAGUUGACAUUCCAUCCAGCUUUACCAAGGCUCGGAUGCCCAUCUCAAAUAACCUCAGCCGACAACCAUCUUCUUCAUCUUCAUCCGGCCCAUCCCUGAAAUCUCUCGCCAAAGAACAAACCUGCAGAGCCAAUUCAAACCCUAAGAAUCCCCAUCAAUCCGGCUCCGCUCGACAACAGUCUAAAGAACUUAGUGGAAGCCCCAUCCCAUUCCGCAAUUCUCAUAAAUCUGGACAAGAGGCCAAAGAGCUCAGUGCCAGCCCGAUCCCCGUCCGCAAGAAAUCUCAAAACAUCGUCCCUCCCGUCGAUCCUGAUUCGAGCGGCGAACUCUCAGAUCUUGAUUCUAUUCUUGCAAGACAUAAUCCCUCCUUGCAUGCCCCAAAUCGGAAACGGAAUGAUUCCACUGCAGAUAAACAUCAAAACCUCAAUGACGACUUAGGUGUAUCUACGCGAGACCAGUUUCCCGCUCUUACAGGUCCAUUGCACCGUAACCAUACAUCCUCUGCGGUUCUGCAAUCUGCAGCCCAAAGCAAUAAAGGGCUACCCAGAUCUCAUUCCGCACCGCAAAAAUCCGAUAAACCCCAGAAUGCUGUCGACAAAGGCAAGGGCAAAGCAGCACAAACAUCCGUGACACCACUCAGCCUGAUUGAUCCAGGGGAUGAGAAUCUGCUAUCUGACUUGGACGAUUUCAACUUCAAUUACAAUCGCAACCCCUCGCCUCCCGCACAUUUGCCCAGUAGACCUUCCUCCACUCAUCCAAGUCCUCCGCCCAAUUCCGCCCCAGUCAGUAAAGCUGCAGCCAGUCGAAUCGAGAAGCAGGCCCAAGCCGCCCAAGCUAGAUUACUCAGGGAGGCCAAAAAGGCUGCCAAAGAAAAAGAAAAGCAGGAUAAUCGUCUCCAGCGAGAAGCGAACAAAUUGACCUUAAAUCGGAAGGAGACGGUGGCAGAAGUGCGGAUGUGGGUGCCCAAGUCGCUCAAGAAGUCAAAGCUUCAUCCGUUUGCGAAAGCCUGUGAAGUGUUAGAGGAGCGGAUCUCUUCGACGGAAGGCUGUGUGAUGAGGCCUCCGGGAGAGAUUGAUGACGAAGACAGCGAGCCCAAGGGUGUCGUCAGAUGGGUCCGGACGGCCACCAAGGAAUGGGACGAGGAGCGCGGCAUCUUCGUUCCUUUCGGACUAGGCAAGACUGUCGAAACGUCCGAACCUACCGUCCUUGUCGUCUGGACUGGCAAGGAUGUCGACGAGGUCAUCGCUUCCGGAUCCGAUCAACUCAUGAAGAAGGCCCAAGCGAUCAAAGCACACUAUCCACAAGAUCAGUUAUUUAUUGUGAUUUCGGGCUUAGAGACGAUCUUGAAAGCGGAACGCAGGAACGAAGAUUCGCGGAUCAUGGACGAAGCGCGCGAGCGACUAGCGGCGCAACGGAACGAGCCCCCGCCAUGUCCAUCCAAGAGCAAGAGCAGUGGGUCGACGAUGCCUCGGAACAGUCGCGACAAGAUCCUGAAGGAGCUGGAGGUGAUGAAGAUCGUCACCAAGGCCUUCGUGAUUCGGGUCGAAGAGAAGAACGAAUUCGCCAAUUGGUUGUGGGAGAUGACGAUGGAGAUCGGCGUGAGACCUUACAAGUCGAGAAAACAGGAAUUGAAGUCGGCAUUGAGGCUCGAAGUAUCGGGGACAAAAGGGACGAAUUACGAGGACACGUACAUCAAGAUGUUGAGCAGCUUGACUCGGGUGACCGAGAACGAAGCCAAAGGAAUCGUCGCUAGGUUCCCGACCUUGAAGAGCUUGUAUCAAUCCUGGGAGAGAGGGAUCGAGAAGAAUGGGUUGGUUUGGGCCGAAGAUAUGUUGGUCGGUUGUUCGAAAUCGAAUUCAAUCACCAAUGUGAAUUCGAAUAGGAAAAUCGGCAAAGUGACGUCCAAACGAAUCUUUGAAAUCAUGUACAAAGCCAAGAACGGUGAUGCCUGUCUCUAACGAUUUUCCUUCUCUCUCGACUUCACUCAAUAAAUCGAUCUUCCGUUCAGGACCCCUUCUCUUCAACUAUAUCACUCUUUUUUUCAUGUACACAAAUCUUGUCUUGUUCUUCCAUGUAUUGGUUGUGCUCAAUUUAUCCAUUGCUUUGUGUUGCAUCUUUUUUCGAAUCUCCCCCUUUGACAUAUACGGUUUUGAUUAUAGAGGACCUAGAAUAUUUUACACCCACAUACCCAC